CUUGUACCACAGACGCACCUCUUUUACAGGAAACUGAUUCCUUUUUACGAUGAAGUGACAGGAAAGCAGAACCUUUGCAGCUUACUCUAGUACCACAUGAAGUGUUAAAGAUGUCCCAACCAGUAUUGUUCAUCAAGCUGCUCUUGGUGGUUCAUGUAGCCCAUCUUCAAGAAAUCCAUGACUGCAAUGGAAAUGCCACACUCUGGUGUCCAGGCGUCAAGAGUGACCACAUGGAUUUUCUGUCACUGGCAUGGUACAAGCACAUUGACCAGAAAAAACAUGGCAUCAUCAGGAUAAGUAAAGGAGACAAGACCCCGCAGAUCUACGAAUUCCAUCGGCCGGCCUAUUUUGGAAAGAGACACAGUCUGCUGCUAACCAGUGUGAAACCUGAAGAUUCAGGCAAAUACGAGUGUGCCAUCCAUGCAAAUGUGGGGCAGAAAAACGAUUUUCAGUUUGUCAAUCUAGUGAUUCGUGAGUGCUCGACCCAGGCUGUGCCGACAACAGCAACUGAGCUGACAGUUACAGCAAAUAUGUUGAACUCAACUCCCUCCAGCCUGCCCUGUAACCAAGUAGCCCAGGACCUGCCAGUCGUGUGGAGCAUCCUUGGCUAUGUGGCAGUGGCCUUGGCCAAAAUCGUUUUACCUCUUAUCAGCCUUAAGGUUAUUCAUAUCAGGUCUUCGAGACGAUGGCGGAAUAGCAGGCUUCUGCACAACUUCUGAACGGCCGUUUGUAAAUAUGUACAUUAUAUAAAUCUGCAACUAUUAUCAACUCUAUUUUUAAAUUUGCUAAGAAGCAUUUGUGUACUGUUUCCUCUUGCUUUUGUUCAGUUCUUUAAAAUGUGCAGAACUUUCCCACCUGUGGCUGGUAAAACAGAGCAGUAGGAAGAGAGAUGAGUGUGGCUGCAGUUUCUGGAAAGGAACAAAAACCACAGCUCUGCUCACUCCUUUUGUAAACAGCAUCUGUAGCAGCAUGUAACUGUUGAACAUACAUACAUACAUACAACUUAAUUAACUAAUGCUGCUUUACCUUAAACUGAACGUCAUAGGACUGCGUACUGGAAUGCAUUUAUGUACACUGGUGUAAUUAAAGAACUGACAAGUGAGUGUAGGAUGAUAAUGUUCCACUGUUUUUUACUGUGCUGUUUAUAAAUGUGAAACAUAUAAUACAUGUUAUGUAAUAAAAUCAUUUAAUUUAGUUUAAGACAUCAAAAAAAAUAA